AUGGCCGACGAACUUGCACGUAUCCAGCAGUAUGAGUACCGCCAGGUUGGUUUUUUGCUCGAAAAAUUGUUUGGUUUUAGGGAUUUUAUUCUAUUUUUUUAGCUUUAGGAAGGCAAAAUAAGAAUUUUCAUUCUGUGUUUUUCACUAGAAAUAAUAUCUAUGAAGAGAUUUUUUUCCAAUUUUAGUAACCUUUCUAUCAAAAAAAUGCGAUUUUUUUAUGAAAAAAAUGUAAAUUUAAAUAAAUAAUUGAAGAAAAACUUGAUAAGAACGUUGAAUUUUCGAUUCAGAUCGAUAAAAAAACGGAUUUUUUUGAACUUUUUUUCAAAAAAAUAAUAUUGUUAUUUUUUUGCUUGUGAGCUUCAACAUUUUAUUUUUUUCUUCUUUAUAUAAAAUGAUAACUUUAUGUGCAUUUUGAGGAUAAUGCUUUUUUUAUUCCAGAACUCCAACUUGGUACUCUCCGUCGAUUACAACUUGACGGAUCGUCGUGGCCGUGAAGAGCCAACUGGCGAGGUUUUCAUCAAAGCUUUUCAAAACUUGAAUGACUUGAAUUUUCCAGGUCCUUCCUCUCAAUGACAAGAUUAUGCGCGCCAUGAAAAUGGGCGACAAAGCCAUGAGAUCCAAGGCACCGAUCCAGGAACAGAAGAAGAAAAAGUGGGUGGAUUUAUCUUCAAAAUGAAAAUUUUAUUAAAAGAGAUUCCGUGAGAUCAAAAAUAGACGUUGAAGGAAGAUAAAGAUAACUAAGUUUUGGAGGGUCAUGGAUAAUUUUAAAGUUCGCGGAAAUUAUAUGUACAAACCAAGUUGAUAUUGCUGUUUCCAAAGUGUUUGCGUCAUUUUUUGGGCUUUUCGAAAAGAACGAAUCCAAGAAGAAAAUUGGAAAGUAGGAAAAAAGAAAAGUUUAUAUAGUAGUUUGAUUAUGAUAGGGUCCUUUUUCAAAAAUAUUUACUAAACCUAGCGGUAAAACUGGAUUUUGAAUCAUUUCGACCAGUUUUCAGGGGUUUUUCAAGUUUUAAAAUGGGUUGGUUGGAGAGCUUCCAAAACUUAUUUUAAUCAUAAUAUUUUGAUAAUCAACUUUCUUCGCCGAUUUUCAAGCUUCUAGGCUGAUUUUCUCAAUUUUCAUUAAUGCUUCCUAGGUGAAUUGAACUAAAAAUUGAGAAAAAAUCGAUUUUGGUUCUUAUAUUAUUUUCUGGCUUCUAGACCACUCCAAGAGAAAAAUAUGAAAUCCAGAUUAUAAUUUUUGCGAUUUCAUCAGAUAUUUUUUCAGCUGUUGCUUUUUUAGAUCAUGGAUUUCUUCAUUUUCUAUUUUUCAGGAAGAAGAAGACGGAAGAAAAGACGAUCAGAUUGGCCUCGAAGGCCGUUUUGGGCGACAGUACUGAGCUGAUGGGAGCCUACAAGCCCAGAACUCAGGAAACCAAACAAACUUAUGAAGUUAUUCUGGCCUUCAUUCAGGAAGCCAUCGGAGAUCAGGUAAAAUCAUUUUUUAUAAAUUUUAAUUUUCUCUUCAGCCUCGAGAUAUCAUGUGUGGAGCGGCCGACGAGGUGCUGAUUACCCUGAAAUCGGACAAAAUCCGCGAGAAAGAGAAGAAAAAGGAAGUUGAACAGCUCCUGGGCCCCCUGACCGACGAGAGAACCGCCGUUUUGAUCAAUUUGGCCAAGAAAAUCACCGAUUUCUCCAUCGAAGAAGAGGGAAAAGCUGAUAAUGUACUUUAAAAUAAUGUUUAUUGUAGCGUAUUCCUUGAUUUUCAGGAUGAAAUCGAUGAGAAUGAAGGCGUCAACGUGCAGUUUGAAGAUUCCGACGAGGAGGAUGAGGACGCCGUCGUUGGAGAAAUUAAAGGUGAGGGAAGUGCGCUCGAGAGACAAUUUGGGGGCCGUUAAUGGAUUGCUAAUUUUGGCGCCCGUUGAAGGUUUUUGGGGGCUAGGGAAUGGAUUUAUUUUGAAGUUUUUGAAUUUACGAAGUUUUUCAUAUGACGAGAAGGAUUGAGUUUUCGAUUUGAGAAUUUUUUGAAUUCUGAAAAUUUAAGGUUAGUCGAUUGCUUAAAAUCUAGUUUGCCUAUGGUUUUAGUGCGGUUAAUGAAAUUUUUUUUCAAAUUUCUCAAAGAAUUCGUGAUAAAAAAGAUGGUUAUCGAAGAAAUUAAAGGUGAGGGAAGUGCGCUCGAGAGACAAUUUGGUUAAUGGAUUGCUAAUUUUGGCGUCGGCUGAAGCUAUUGGGGGCUAGGAAUAGAUUCAAUUUGAAUUUUUUGAAUUUUCGAAGUUUUUCAUAUGACGAGGAGGAAAGUUGAAUUUUUAAAGUUUAAGGUUGGUCGAUUGCUUGAAAUCUAAUGUGAUUAGGGUUUUAGCGCAUUAAAUGAGCUUUUCUUCAUAUUUCUCAAGAUUUUUAGAUUCUUAUUUUUGGCAGGAGUUUUUUGAGAAUGAAGGGCACUUGCAAAGUAAAAAAAAACUUAUAAGUUCAAUCAUUUUUGGUUCAGCUUGAACUUAUGCAGGGAAAAAUCAAAAUUUUGAAAACUUUACAGUUUUUUGUAGUAUUGUUUGGUCUGUGAAUGGAGCCUGCGCUUUUAAACCACCUAAAAAAGGGUUUUUCUAAAAAUUUUAUACCACCUAUAGUCCUUCCACCGAGACUUGACAGUUUUCGCGUGUCUGCGUCCCUCUGUUCCCUCACCGGCGAGGUCAGAGAAACAUGAAAAUAGCACGCAAACAUGGGAGGGACGUCGAGAGAUAAGGAGGGCGCAGAGAAGUCGCGAAAAAAAGACUAUACUUUCAAAAUAAUUGAAGGCGAUGAAAGCGAGGAGAGCGAAGAAGAAGAAGGCGUCGAUACGGAGUAUAACGAGACGCUGCGCGGCGGAAUGGACGAUGAAGUCGAGACGAAAUCCCGUGGAGAACUCCAUCCGCGCGAUAUCGACGCCCAUUGGAUCCAAAGAUCUCUGGCCAAAUUCUACAAGGAUCCCCUGAUGGCUCAGCAGAAAGUCACUGAAGUCGUCAAUAUUUUGAAGGUCUUGGAGCGAAAAUGAAUAAAAAAAACGUCUGUAACUUUUUUUUAGAACGCUUCGGACGACCGUGACGCCGAGAAUCAGCUCGUCUUGCUCCUUGGUUUUGACCAGUUCGACUUCAUCAAGGUAUGGAGGGAGCUUGAGGUUGAAAGAAAAAAAAAUUAGACUUUCACCAAUUUUUUUCCUUUUUCGGUAUGCCAUUUUCAGCUUCAUUUUGAUUAAAUAAGUCUUCCGAAUUUUUUUUUCACGACAAUUUUCGCCCCAAAAUCUGAUCCUAUAACUUUUUGAACCGUUUUGUGAGAUUGUAUAUGAACUCGAAUUGAAAAAAAGUCCAAUUUUUCAGGUCCUCCGGCAAAAUCGGCUCAUGGUCCUGUACUGUACGAUGCUCCGUCAAGCCAACGAUGAAGAUCGUCAAGCUAUCGAGGAUGAAAUGAGGACCAGGCCCGAGCUCCAUCAUAUUCUGGCCCAACUCCAGGAGACCGAGUCAACCGACAUUGUUGAGGUCAAAUGAGGGGAUUUUUUUUUUUUGGAUAGAUUCACGAUUCCCUGUAGAAAAUUUGACAGGAAAGCGUGGAAAACUGAAAAUUCUAAGAGAAAAAAAGUGUAGGGAGCUCGUUAAUGUUGGCUUUUACUAUAGAUUUUCUCUAUUUGUGAAUUUUUUUUAUUUACUCACUGAUAAUCGAAAUAAAGGUGAAGUUUACCUUUUGCCCUAUGAUCAGUGUGAAAAAUAAGUCUUUCUUGGAAAGUAUUGGAUUUUCGAAAAAUAGGCAUUUUUUGAGCAGAAUUUGUGGUAUUUUAGUAUAAUAGUACUGUACUAGUAAAUUAAAAAGGUAUUUUGGUAUGUUUUUUUUGAAAUUUCUAGCAGUAUCGCUUACAUUUUUUAUGAUUAUUAUUCUGUCGCUUCAAUAAAAAAGUUUUCCAGACGGAAAAAGCCAAAAGGGACAAGGAAAGAACGAAAAGAGUCGCUGCGGCGGCAGAAGAAGCCAUGGCGGCCGGUCAAUGGCUUGCUGGCCGUAAAGUUUUGGACCUCGGUGAUUUGGCUUUUGCCCAAGGCAGUCAUUUGAUGAGCAACAAGAGGUAAUUUUCCUCACUUUUUCUUGAUUUCCAACGGUUUUCUAGAUGCGAACUUCCCGAAGGAUCCUACCGUAAGCAGAAGAAAAGUUAUGAGGAAAUUCACGUUCCUGCCCUGAAACCGAAACCGUUUGCUGAGGGAGAGGUGAAAAAUAUAAUCAAUGAGUAAAUUGAAUUUCAUUUUUUCCAGAAACUCGUCAGCGUCUCGGAUUUGCCAUCAUUCGCUCAGAAAGCCUUCGACGGCUACAAAUCCUUGAAUAGGAUCCAAUCGAGACUCUGCAAAAGUGCUCUCCAUUCCGAUGAACAUUUGCUCUUGUGCGCUCCUACGGUAAGGAGAGGAAAAAAAAGUUUUUGAGAAGAAAAAAGCCUGGAGGGGCUCAGGUUAUAGAUUUAAUAAGAAAACUAGGAUUUUCUGGAAGUUUUUCUUCAUAUUAAGAAUAUUAUGUUUCUUACGAUGGUCAUAUUGAAUCUAGAGAUGCUUCAAGUACCGAGAAUUGCCUGUAAAGUGUUCAAAAAGCAAGGCGCUGCCAAGUUUAGUGCUUACAAGGCGUGUGCGUCAGGCUGCGUGACCCGGGCCGGCCUGGCCCGGGCUUUGGGCCUAAAAAUAAAAAAAAAAUCCUGCGUGUGCUCGGGCCAGGCCGGGUUCGAAAGAAAUCUUAAAUUUCAUUUUCAUCAUCAUCAUCAAUUUUUAUUGGUUGUUUUAGUCAUAUGGAAUCGACUAGGCGGUGAAAAAAUUGCUCUUUUGAGCGGCACUAACACCGCCUUUGGCGAAAGAGAAGUCAAAACGCGUAGUCGAUUGAAUUGAAAGCAUGGUCUUACGGUCCUUCGCCUCGUUCUUCCACAAGCAGAUCCCUCAGUUUCGUGGGUACGGGCACGGCGGUGAUGGUGGGGCUCGGACGCCGUGCACACUCUAGGGUAGCCUCGGCCGAUUGAGAGAGCUACCACUUCGAGUGAAGAAAAUACACGGAAUUUUAAAAAAACUUCACGAAAAAUUUAUUUUCACUUGUUGAAUCAUAGUUUCUAAUAACUCUAUGAAAAAAGUAAGCAAAAAAACCAUUUUUCUCGUUAAAAAAGCGAAAAAUUCGACUUGAGGAAAAUUUUAGUUUUUUUGGGCCGGGAUGGCCGUUUUCGCUUGAGGCCGGGCUUGAGAAGUGGCCGGGCGGCCGAGGGACUGCGGGCUGGCCCUCGCACAAGCCUAGUGCUUACAAAUGAUCUACGGCCCUAGUGAAACAGGACUGUUACCGGAGACCAUUCCCUCCUUAGGGAACUGACAAAUUUUCGAAAGGUCUGGAAGGCGCUGCCAAAUUAUCUCAUGGGCAUUUUAGAAAUGAAACUUUUUGGGAAGAGCAUUUACAUUCAGAAAAUAAACCUGCAGAAAUUAUUGAAAACCGAAAAAUCUCACUUUCAUCAUUUUAGGGAGCUGGUAAGACCAACGUGGCUCUUCUGACGAUCCUCCAGGAGAUCGGAAAACACCUGAACGAUGAUGGAACUGUUCGCCUUGACGAAUUCAAGUGUAUCUACAUUGCUCCGAUGAAAUCUCUUGUCCAGGAAAUGGUCGGAAGUUUCUCGAAACGUCUCGCGCCCUAUGGAAUUACGGUACCUUUGUUUCUCCUGUUUUUUGGAAAUAUACGGAGGAUUUAGGUCGGCGAAAUGACUGGAGACGCGCAAAUGAGCAAGGAACAGUUCAUGGCCACCCAAAUCAUUGUCUGCACGCCGGAGAAGUAUGAUGUCGUGACUAGGAAAGGUAAAAAUCGGAAAAAAUCUUGAAAACUCGAGCCAAAAAGACGAGAAAGUGUACUUCUUGUACAUAAAAAAAUCGGAAAAGUCACGAAUUUUUGAACCCGAAUAUAAUCUUUAUAUGUCUCCAAACUCAAAAUUUUCAAGGUGGUGAACGGGCCUACAAUCAAAUGGUCCGGUUGUUGAUCCUCGACGAAAUCCACUUGCUUCACGACGAUCGAGGACCCGUUUUGGAGUCGAUUGUCGUCAGAACCAUUAGGCAAAUGGAGCAAAACCACGAUGAUUGCCGUCUCGUUGGUCUCUCCGCUACCUUGCCCAAUUAUCAGGUAUUUUUAUCUUAAAAAUUACCUAAAAAAGUUUUUUUUAGGAUGUCGCCACUUUCCUCCGCGUCAAGCCGGAACAUCUCUACUAUUUCGACAACAGCUAUCGACCCGUUCCUCUCGAACAACAGUACAUUGGAGUGACGGAGAAGAAGGCCCUGAAACGGUUCCAGGCGAUGAAUGAAGUCGUCUACGACAAGAUCAUGGAACACGCUGGAAAGAGCCAGGUCUGGGGGUGAAAAAAUGGAUUGGACUAUGAAAAAUGGUCUUUGGACAAGGGAAAAAUGACAAAUAUUAGUACAAGUACACUCAAAAAAAAACUUAGAGAAAAAUGAGGACUUGGAAAGAAUUACCACUGACAUUUAGUGACCAAAGAACCGUAGCCAAAAUGGCCUGGUCAGCCGUAAUCUUGAGUAUUUUUCAAAAAAGGCUAUUUUAUCUGCGGUUGAUCAUUACGAGCUAUUCUGCGAACCCUCUUCAUAAUUAGUGAUUGAUCUUUGAAGUACUCGUGACAUUAAGCCAUGAGUUUUAGCUGUCUGAAAAAAAUAGCCUACACCUCAACUUUUGCGCUCCAUUGAUAAUAGGAAAUACACACCCUCUUUUGAAAUUUCUUGAAAUCUUGAGCUGAAAGAUUUACAUUUUCAGUUAAGACUCCAGAAAGUGGUAGAAACAAAUCAUUUCAAAAUAUAGCUUCAAUAAAACUAAGAAAAAGGCAAAAAAAAAUGUGUAAAAAAAAGACAAUAUUUCCUUCUUGAGCUUCAUUCACCCAGUGAACGUUUCUCGUUCUCCGUGGCUUUCCUAUUAAGGUUGUUCUAUCUCGGUCUUUUAGAGGUAUAGCGAUUUUAAGUCUUCUCUGAGCUUAUGUCCUUUGGAAGUUAGUUAAAAUGGCCUGCAAGAAUCUCACAUAGCACGGAAAGUAGCUCUCACUUAGAGCUCUAGAAAACUAUGAUGUAUACCUUGAAAGUUUUUCUAAAACAUGAUUCCAAUUUCAGGUCCUCGUCUUUGUCCACUCACGCAAGGAAACAGCCAAGACGGCGAAGGCGAUCCGCGACGCUUGCCUCGAAAAAGACUCUCUUUCGGCUUUCAUGCGCGAAGGCAGCGCAUCUACGGAAAUCCUGCGGACCGAGGCGGAACAGGUCAAGAACCUCGACCUGAAAGACCUCCUUCCCUACGGAUUCGCCAUUCACCACGCUGGAAUGAACCGUGUCGACCGUACGCUUGUCGAGGAUCUCUUUGCUGAUAAGCAUAUUCAGGUGAAGAUUAGGAGAGGAAGGAUAGAGGAGAGAAAGUUGGAGAAGCUGAAAAUUUAUCAAAAGCUCUUAUUUCACAAGAAAUGUCAAUAAAUUGCUAAAUUGGCUUAUAAUAUCAAAGAUUUUGUGAAUAUUCGUUCUUGAAAAACUCCGAGAAGCUAGUCUUUCAGUUUUUUUGAGAACUUUCCAUAGAGUCUCAAUAAAAUUGAUUAUUUUCAUCGUUAAGGUCCUUUUCUCCACGGCGACCCUUGCCUGGGGUGUCAACUUGCCUGCUCACACCGUCAUCAUCAAGGGAACCCAAAUUUACAAUCCCGAGAAGGGACGUUGGAUGGAAUUGGGAGCGUUGGAUGUUAUGCAGGUAUAAUAAUCAAAUCUGCUCUGGAAAAAGUUGGUCUAAGACCACUAGAAAUUUAACCAUAUGAUGAAGCUUGAUAAGGGAGAAAAAAGGUUCAAAAACCUGGGAAAAUUCUUAGUGGCCACUAUAGAGGUUCUCUAUAGUUUUUCAUCCAGUAUUCCUCCCAAAAACUCUGAUAAUUUUAAAACAAACAAAUUGGACCAGUUAUGUUGAUCCAUUGACCCCUAAAGUGGUCACUAAUUUUUAAUGGUCUAGUAGUAGCACUUAGACCUCUAUAGUGGCCACUAAUUUUUAAACCCUCAAGUGGCCACUAAUUCGACUACUACAGUGGCCACUAAAACGUCGAAACCCUAUAGUGCCCACUAAAAUUUUUUGUGGUCUAGUAGUAUCACUUAGACCCCUAAAGUGGCCACUAAUUCGACUACUACAGUGGCCACUAAAAAGUCAAAACCCUAUAGUGGCCACUAAAAUUUUUAGUGGUCUAGUAGUAUCACAAAGACCCCUAAAGUGGCCACUAAUUUUCAACCCCUUAAGUGGCCACUAAAACUUCAAAACCCUAUAGUGGCCACUGAAAUUUUUAGUUGUCUAGUAGUAGCACUUAGACUUCUAAAGUGGCCACUUAAAUGUCAAAACCCUAUAGUGGCCACUAAAAAUUUUCUCAAAUAUCCUUGAAAAGCUUGAGUAAUCAUUAUAAAUUUCCAGAUGCUUGGUCGUGCCGGUCGUCCGCAAUACGACUCCAAGGGUAAAGGUAUCCUGAUCACCAACCAUUCGGAGCUCCAGUAUUACCUCUCUUUGAUGAAUCAGCAGGUUUGUUUGGGGGAAGCAUGGCUGCACGAAGAAUGGAUCGAUGCGUUGCGGCUGCGAAGCGGUUUUUUGAGAAGUUGGAUAUACCUGAAACAACUUGCACGCCUUGGCUUUGAUAGAAUCUUUUGGGGACUUGAGGGAACAAUUUGAAAUAGCAAAGUGAGCCGCAACGCGUUGAGCCAUUCUACAUGUGACCAGAAUAUUCAAAAUAGCGGCCCAAGUGAAUCAUUUUCCAGCUCCCUGUCGAGAGUCAAAUGAUCGCGCGACUGACCGACAUGCUCAACGCGGAAAUUGUCCUGGGCACUGUAAAUACAGUCAGCGAGGCGAUGAACUGGCUCGGCUACACGUAUCUCUACGUCAGGAUGCUCAAAAAUCCGACCCUCUACGGGAUUUCCCACGAACAGGCGGUUGGUUUUCAGCUUUUUUGGACCUUUUUGGACCUUUCCAUAUGAAGUUGACCUCAUCCUUUUCCAGCGCGCCGACCCUCUUUUGGAGCAACGACGAGCCGAUUUGAUCCACACGGCUUGCAUGCACUUGGACAAGGCCAACCUGAUCAAAUACGACAAGAAAAGUGGCCUCAUUCAGGUGCUUUUUAAGCUUUCUAGUGGAAAAACAGACAAGAAAUCUUCAUUUUUCAGGCCACCGAACUCGGUCGGAUCGCCUCCCACUUCUACUGCACCUUCGAGACGAUGCAAACCUACAACAAGCUGCUCAGCGACAAGUGCCAGGACAUUGACCUGUUCCGCAUCUUCUCCAUGAGCAGCGAGUUCAAGCUCCUGGCCGUCCGCGAGGAGGAGAAGCUCGAGCUGCAGAAACUCGCCGAGCACGCCCCGAUGCCCAUCAAGGAGAGCUUGGAUGAGCCGAGUGCCAAGACGAAUGUUCUGCUCCAGGUCUGAAUGUUUUUAUUAUAUAGCCGGUUAGUUUAUGACGCCAAGGGGGCGUGGCCUGUCUGCGCUCUCCACUAAACAUGCACUUUCUCUUUUCUCAUCGUGUCAGGACCCUUUUUUCGAUGUUCUACUACUGAAGUUGAUUAUCACUGAUAAUCAGCUAUAGCUUAUGACGCUAAAGGGGCGUGGCCCGUCUGCGCUCUCCAUCAACCAGGCAAUGUCUUUUUUCAUAUCGUGCCAGGACCCUUUUUUGAUGGCUCAAGUCAGCCGUGAAUCAGCAUCUCUUGGCACAUGCUCAAAAAGUAUGAUGAAAUUUUGCUGGAGAUGUUAGAAUGUAAAAUAAAAGGAACCAUUAUGACAUUUCCGUCGUUACAGUAGCUAGAAGUUGAGCGAACCCGCCAAAAAUCUCAUGAAAACAGUUUGAAAGUGGGCUAAACCAGCUUAUUUUUUUUUCCCAUGGAGCGUAAUUGUGUUUCCCUUCCUGAAGUUUUAAAAGCUGUAUAUAAGACUCUUAGAAAGCUAUAAAGCGUUAUAUAAAGAGCUAGAAGCGUUUUAAAAUUGUCAAGCUCAAGAAAUGCCGUCUGACCUCUUUUCCUUAGAACUUUUCAAUUUCACUUCUCAAAGCUGGCAAGAAAAUUUUCCAAGCCACGGGUUGAACUUUUGGUGAAACUUGAAGUGUACUUUGAGGACUUUUGAUCUAAGAAAACUGUGAAAUUUCUCCAUAUUUUUCUUGUAGUGGAGCUAUGACACUUCGAAGUUCUUGAAUUAGUCAGAUUAUGGGAAGAUAUUUUGAUGCUUUAGAAGAUUUAUAUCUCGAAAAAAUAUCCUUCCUUGCUCUGAAACAAGCUCCACCCAGCCAGGCUUCGUCAAAAAUUUGACAAAAGGCAAAAGAGCCUUUAAUUGUGAGAAUUUCUACCUUUUAUCAGAUCAUCAACUGACAUUGAAAAAACUGCCCUUUUUUCAGGCCUACAUCUCCCAAUUGAAAUUGGAUGGCUUCGCUCUGCAAGCUGACAUGGUCUACGUGGCGCAGUCGGCUGGACGACUUUUCCGAGCGAUUUUCGAAAUUGUCCUCUGGCGAGGAUGGGCAGCUCUUGCUCAUGUUAGUUAUAUCGAGCUUCAAAAAAAACUUGAAAAAAGCUAAAAUUUUCGCUAUGACUUUUUUUCCAGAAGGUCCUCGGCCUGUGCAAGAUGGUGACGGCCCGUCAAUGGCAGUCUCUGAACCCGCUCCAUCAGUUCAAGAAGAUCCCCACCGAAGUCGUCCGCAGCAUCGACAAGAAGAACUACUCCUUCGAACGGCUCUACGACCUCGAUCAGCACCAACUCGGCGACCUCAUCAAAAUGCCGAAGAUGGGCAAGCCGCUCUACAAGUUCAUCCGCCAGUUUCCGAAGCUCGAGAUGACCACCUUGAUCCAGCCAAUUACCAGGACUACGCUCAGGAUCGAAUUGACAAUCACGCCCGACUUCCAGUGGGAUGACAAGUGUGUACUGGGUUGUUAAAGAGAACGAAGAAAACUUAGAAAAAUCAGAAGGAUAUUGAUGACGUGUGUGAGAAAUUGGUUGAUUGAUUUUUAAAAAAUUAAAAGAAGUUAUUGCCUGGGAAUGGCUUAAGGCGUAUCUAAGGCUUGCGCCUGAUAGCUAGGCGGAUUUUGGUGAAUCCAGUGUGUUUAUUGAAAUCCGAAGAGAAGUCAUGAAGAGACCAGCAAUUUAUCAAAUUUUUCCAAAAUUUGAAGGUGAAUUGAGUAAAAUUUGAAGUAGUCUUUUAAGGGAUCACGCUUUUUACGCGAGGAGGAAAUAAUUAUUUAAAGGUAACUUUAGUGCAAAAACAUUUUCUAAAACCGAAAUUUUCGACAUAUUACUGAUUUAUAAGCUUUCUUGUAAGAAAAAUUCGGAAAAACAGUGAAUGAACUGAACUUUGAGAUUUUUUCAGAAUUUUAAGAGAGUAGUUUGAGUUCUCCCCUUCAAAUUCUAACUGAAAUGAGUUUGACAAUGAAUAAAUGCUUUCAAGAAAAUAUUUACUUCGUUUUCAGAGUGCACGGCAACGCUGAAGGCUUUUGGAUCUUCAUCGAAGACACCGACGGCGAACAAGUCCUUCACCACGAAUACUUCCUCCUGAAGCAGAAGUUCUGCACCGACGAACACGUCGUCAAAAUGUUCGUGCCGAUGUUCGACCCGAUGCCGCCGUUGUACUACGUCCGCAUCGUCUCCGACCGUUGGCUUGGCUCUGAAACCGUUCUGCCGAUCUCCUUCCGCCACCUGAUCCUCCCCGAGAAGUACCCGCCACCAACCGAGCUCCUCGAUCUUCAGCCCCUGCCCAUCUCGGCGUUGAACAACAAGGCCUACGAGCCGGUCUUUAAGGAUCUCGGCGUUACCGUCUUCAAUCCGAUCCAGACUCAAGGUCAGUGUGGUCAAGGAAAAGAGCUUUCUGAAAUUGGGUUACGUUGGCAGUUAAGAGAUCGGUGAAACUCGACUGUCAAGAAAACUUUUUUGGCCCCCGCUUGGCUGAAACUUACUCUGACAUCUCCUUACUCUAAAAAAAAGGACAAUUUUUCCCGCUAUAGAUCUUGUGAAGCUUCAAACCUCUCAAAUAACGUUUUUUCUAAUUUGAGGUGUGGUUUGCGGAUUUUGAAGAAUUAGGAAACAAAAUUUAUUGCUCCGAAGUUUUGAGGUCGUGAGGUAACAAUUUUCAUCAAAAGUUCGAAAAAGUACCCUUGUGAGAGAUACUUUGGACCUUCUGAUUCAAAACACUCGGGGAAGUUGUGCCUCUUGCUUGCUAGUGAAGAUGUAACAGUCUUAAAGAUGCCGAGAACUCGUUUUUUCACACCAAUAGUAGAUACAAACUUUGAAGCCCUACUGAAAGGAAGAACUUUUUUUGAUAGAAGUCAGGCUACUCUUAACCUUGUCUCCGCCGACCAUGGCAAUUUUCAGCCGAAUCUCAGGAUUCUGGACUUUAUAGAUUUGAUAGGAGCUUAUUGUAUCAAUUCAGUGUUCCGUACGGUCUAUGAGAGCAAUGAGAACGUGCUGGUCUGUGCUCCCAAUGGUUCCGGAAAGACGGCGAUCGCCGAACUCGCGAUUCUGCGUCAUUUCGAGAAUCAACCCGAGUCGAAGGUCGUCUAUGUGACGCCGAUGGAGGAUAUGGCUGUCAAGGUGAAUGAAAAUCCAAAGAAAAAUUGAGAUACUCAGAAACUACAGAGUGGUACCUCUAGGGACUGCUUUAAGAACCCCUAUAGGGGCCACUAUAGCUUGCAAAAGUGGUCCCGAUAGGAUUUUAGUUAGUGGCCCCUUUAGGGAACAUGCUAAUCGAUAAUUUUUAUGAACCUAAUGCGAAAAAUUAAAUGAAUAAGCGUUUUUUGAAUGAAAUUGAAAGACCCUAUAGGGACCACUUAGGCUUUAGAGGCUAAGGGCUCCAGACUCUGAACCCCUAUAGGGAUCACUUUGAUUUCACCCCUAUAAGGACCACUUUUUUGACCUCAGGGGCUGUAUUCCACCCCUAACCCUAUAGGGAUAACUCUAACAUUCCUAAGUGCUGAAGAAAGCUGAAUUACUACUGCAAAUUCGAUUGUUCUACUUGAAAUCGAAAUGCACUUAUAUGAGCCUAGAAACGGUCGAAUAAAAUAUAGGAGAAAAUAAAUUCAUUAACGAAACUCUUUUUUUUAUUUUUGGCUUGAAUUAUUGUUGCAUAAGGACUGCUCGAACUGAAAAAAUCGAUAAAUAUCGAAAGGAUUAUUUGCAAUUGUUCAUAAUUAUUUUAAAGGUUCAUUCCGACUGGGUUAAACGCCUGCAGCCAGUCAUCGAACAGACUGUAGUCAUGCUCACCGGAGAACCGUCCACCGACCUGAAGCUCCUCCAAAGGGGAAAACUUAUUGUCGCCACGCCUGAACGGUAGAAAGGGACAAGAAAUCGAUUGAAAAAGGAUAAUUUUCAGCUGGGACAACGUUUCGCGUCGUUGGAAGCAGAGGAAGAACGUCCAGGCGGUGAAAUUGUUCGUCGUCGAUGACCUUCACAUGAUCGGAGCCAAUAACGGGGUACUUGAUAGUUUUUUGGGCACAGCUUGCCUUCAGAAGUUUCUGAGCUGGAAGCUUCUUUUUUUUUUUUUGAAGUUUAGGGCCUUGCCCUCUUUUGAUUUUUUUUUUCAAGUUUGACGGGAUUUUUCUUCUCCCUAAAGUAUGACCUAUGAAAAACGUCUAUGGAUGGCUGAACACGCCCCUUUCUGGAGUUUUAGGGCUUGAAGAGCCAUUUUUCUCACAAAAAAUUUUUUAUUACCGAUUUUUCGAAGAGUGGUCCUUUUAACCAUGCCUGUGAUUGGCUGGAAACGUCUUUUUUUUUUAGUUUCAAGGCUUAAUGAUCAUCUCAGAGCCAUUAUGUUCAUAAACUUUAAAGUUUACUUACUUUUUCCGUUUUCGAAAGUUUUUAUCAUUUAAUCACGCCUUUGCUGGAUUAUGACUGCCUUUUUCGAUUUUUGAAAAACCACUGAACAACUUUUAAAGCUUGACAAGCCCAAUAUGAAGCAUAUUUUCCCAUUUUCCAUGAAAAAAAUCAUUUUCCCAUCUUCCAGCCGGUCCUCGAGGUCGUCUGCUCCAGAAUGCGUUACAUGUCGUCUCAAUUGGAGAGCAGCUUGAGAAUCGUCGCCUUGUCGUCCUCGUUGACCAACGCCAGAGAUCUCGGCACCUGGUUGGGCUGUUCGGCUUCGGCAACCUUCAACUUCUUACCCGUCACUCGACCGGUUCCCCUGGAGUUGGAAAUCAAGGUACUUGGGAGGAUUCUAUCGGAUCUAUCAAAGUGAAUGGAAUUAUUAGGAAUUCCGACUAGGAAGAUUUUAGUACGGCUAAUGCUCAUAAGAACUAGUAUGUUUGAACUAUGAUCGUAGCUUAUAACUUGGAACAUGACGUAGGCUGAAGUGAGCCUCAGUAUGGCUGUAUUUAGUAGGGCUAAUAAGAAAAAUAUAUCCGAACUGAAAAGCGAGGGCAUUCUACUUUGUGGCUGAAAAUGUCUUGAAAAUAGGCCAGGACACUCAAUUAUGUACCAGAAAAAGUUCAUGGAAAGUUUGAACCUGCCCAAAUUUCUAGUUUUCGAAGAAUGAGGUCUCAAAUCCUCAAAAUGGCCUACUUUAACGGACUUGGAGGGUUUACUUUCACUUUAAGAGUUUUUUACUCAAAAAUUAGGAAGUUGUGAAGGUUGAGACUUCCAGAAUCUUCAUGGCCAGUUUUCAGGAGAUUUCUUGUAUUCGACAAGUUGAAAAAGUUUUGAUAGAUUUUUCAGGAAGUUCAGAAGUUUUGGGUAUAAUUUUGCGCUUUUCCUACGCCAAUAAGCUCAACUUUGGAUAUUCUAGGGCUUCAACCUUUCCCACAACGCUUCUCGCUUCGCCGCCAUGGAACGACCGGUCUAUCAGUCGAUUUCGAGACAUGCUGGAAAGCUCCGACCCAAGCCAGCUUUGGUAUUUCACCUAUACCUGAUGUGGAAAAAUAAUUAAAAACUUCAGGUCUUCGUUCCGGUGCGACGUCAGGCUCGCCCUACCGCUGUCGGAAUCCUGACCAUGGCCCUGGCUGACGGGACUCCCAAGCGAUUCCUGCACAUUUCGGAGAACGACCCGACCUUUGCCAAGCUCCUGGAGGCGAUCGAGGACGAGACCCUGAGGGAGACGGUUUCCUGUGGAGUCGGGUUCUUGCACGAGGGAACCAGCGCCAAGGACGUGGAGAUCGUCGAGCAGUUGUUCGCCAGCGGCGCUAUUCAGGUCUGCAAGUAGAGGGAUUUUAUAAAAAUAUUGAGCAGAAUUAGGAAAUAGGGGUAAAAGUCUGUAAUUUGAGCUAGAGAAUAUCAAAAAUUUGUCAUCUUAAGAGAACUUGAGGAUUAAGAACCAUGCAGGACCCAUUUUCAAUCCUUCUUUCUUUAAUCUUGUAGUUCUUUUCAAUUUUUUUUGAAUAGAGUACUGAAUAAAAUUGAAUUAAAGGGUUUUUUUAGUUUUAAAAAAACUGAAUCCUUAGCCUUUUUUGAACUCUGAAUAAGGCGGUCGCAAAAAAUUCCAUAGGAAAAAAACUUGGUUUGAGAAGAGAAUGAAUGAAAAAGAGGGUUUACAAAAACCCGGAAAAAGGUUUAUAAAUGGUUAGUUAACGGGGAAAGACCAAGAAAUUGAAAAAAAGGUAGAAAAAAUUAGCUUUCUUGGUUAGAUGAAGGCCAAAGAAUAAUUUGUGGAAUCGAUUAUUGUCUAUAAAAAUGCUCAGGUCCUUCUUCACUAUUUCAUUUUUGAAAAGAAAUCCCCCUCCAGGUGUGCGUCGUCCCCCGCGGAAUGUGCUACCAAAUCAACAUGAACGCCUACCUGGUCAUCAUCAUGGACACGCAAUUCUACAACGGAAAGUUCCACGUCUAUGAGGAUUAUCCCAUCGGAGAUAUGCUCCACAUGGUUGGACUGGCCAACAGGCCGACCCAGGACACUGAUGGUGAGUUUUCGGGAGAAAAAAGGGCUGGAAAAAUUAGAAGAAAAUCAGAUAGGAGAAGAUUUCGAAGCUCGAAUGAUAAGUAAAAAAACCUAAAAGGCAAAUUUGAGUUUAAAAAAUGACCCCCUGGAAGUACAGAUUGAAAAUUCGAUAAUUACAAGUUUAAAUUUCGUUGAAUCACCCUUAAAGCAGCUUCCUUGGAGAAUUUCAAAUUUCGGGGACUGAAUGAUGUUUUUUCCCCAGUAUAGGGUUUUCAGUAGCUUUUUAGAAUUCAGAAAAUAAUCUUUUCGAUUUUUUAAGAAUAGGACUAGAAUUUUUGCUUUUUUCUAUAAGAUUAUUAUUUUCUAGCGAAAUGCGUGGUGAUGUGUCAAUCGUCAAAGAAGGCCUACUUCAAAAAGUUCCUCUACGAUCCGCUUCCCGUCGAAUCUCACUUGGAUCACUGUCUUCAUGAUCAUUUCAACGCCGAAAUCGUCACCAAGACGAUCGAGAACAAGCAGGACGCGAUUGAUGUGAAUUUUUAGGCCUUUUUGGGAUUUCUGAAGUAGUUUCUGUGGAAAAAUUGAAAGGAUUUUACUCUUGAUUUUUCAGGUGUGGAUUUCGAAGAAAUUUAGUUGACAUUGCAGUUUCAAAAAAAUAGGGAUUGUCCAUAAGACGAUCGAGAACAAGCAGGACGCGAGUGAUGUGAAUUUCCAGACCUUUCAGUAUUUUUGAGGCCUUUUCUGUUCGGAAAAUAGCCAGGAUUUCCCUUUUGGUUUUACAAUUCGAAGUGUUUAGUGUGAAUUUCGAAGAAGUUUAGUUGACAUUGCAGUUUCAAAAAAAUAGGGGUUGUCCAUAAGACGAUCGAGAACAAACAGAGCGCGAUUGAUGUGAAUCUUCAGGCCUUUUGGGAUUUUUAAAGCCUUUUCUGUUCGUAAGAUUGCCAGGAUUUUCGUCUAGAGUCCAGAAAUUCACAAAUUUUUUCCUUGAAGUAAUUUUCGUUCGAUUCUUGACGAAAUUUAGCUGACAAAACAGUUUCAGAAAAAUAGUUUUUGUCCAUUAGAGAGCGAGCAGAAUUUUUGCAUUUGAAGUUGUCGAAAAAUUGAAAGCAGAAAAUCUUUUCGAAAAAAAAAAACGCGAUCUUGUCGUAGCACCAUAAUUUGUCUCUUGAAAGCCCCGAAGUCUAAAAAUUUUCACUCAAAAGCUUUUUAGGCAAAUUUUUGGUGAAAUUCGCUGAAAAUGAAUUUCAAACAAUCGGCAAAAACUAAAUAAAGCCCACGGAGGGACUCGAACCCCCAUUCCCGGUUCCGGAGUCCGGUGCCUUGUCCAUUAGGCCACGCGAGCGUCGGAAUUUUUUGACGUUGAUUUCUUAGUAUCACUGUUUUGUUGAUUAAGACUGUGUGAGGGUUUAACGUGAAAAUUAAGGAUUUUUAAUUUCCACGUUGAAUUUUUUUCUUUUUCUUUCUUGCUAUCCAUCAUUCUUCACCAAAAAAAUUAUAUUUUUUUACUUUCAGAAGACAUUUUUUUCGAUUAAUUAAUUUCGAAAUAAAUGCAAAAAAAGAUGUAGAAAAAUAUUCUAAAAAAAUUCAAAAUUUUGUACUUUAAUACCGUUGAAAGGAUGAUUUUUUUAUUCAUUCCGUCGGAGAAGUUUGGCUUACCUUCUUAUAAAUUGAAAAAUAUGACUUUAAAAAAGAAAACAUGAAAAUCAAACUUUAUUUUUUCCAGUACCUCACAUGGACGCUCCUCUACCGCCGAAUGACCCAAAAUCCCAACUAUUACAAUUUGCAAGGCGUUUCUCAUCGUCAUUUGUCAGAUGCCCUGUCGGAAUUGGUUGAGAACACGUUGAAGGAUUUGGAGAAUAGCAAGGUUUUACUAGGAGAAAAAGGAAGGAAAAAAUGGAUAUUUUCAGUGCAUUGCGGUCAAGGACGACAUGGACACGUUGCCGUUGAAUUUGGGCAUGAUCGCUGCUUAUUAUUACAUUUCCUACAUGACUAUUGGUAAGCAGUGGAAGGGGAAAAGUCACGUUUGAACGAGGGAAAGUGAGAAAAAUUUGCAUUGAGCUGCAGAAGUUAAGGCUGAAUUUUUGGGAUGAAAAAUUAGAAAUAUUGACCUUAAUCUCCGGGAUUUAAGCUUGAAAAAAGAGGUAGAAAGAUAUUUUUUUGAUGAUGGAAGAUGAAAAUGACCGGUCUUAAGCUUCGAAAGUUAGGCUUGAAAAAAUAUAAAAUAUAGUCUGGAUGAUGGAAAUUGAGAAAGACUGGCCUUAAGCUCUAGAAAACGGUUGGAAGUGAAAGAAAAUGAAAAAUUCAAUGAUGAAAUGUAAACGAUUGACUAUAAAGUUGAGGAAUUCUUUUUCAAUUCUUUCAUUCUUCAUUCUACCUGAACAAAGUCCAAAAUGAAACAAAGGCUAACUAAGAGCUUCCACUAGAUUUUAAUUUUUUCUAUUUACGAGCCUUUCAAUUGGAGUUUUUCAAGAAAAAUGAACAGGGUUCAAGUUUUAAACAAAAAAGUGAAAUAGGAAAGGCUCAAGACUUGAAGCUCGAAAAUUAGGCCUGAAGAAUGUAUAGAGGAUUUUUUCUCGGCAAGCAAAGUACAGACUUUCUCAACUUUAAAUGGAAGAAAACUUGGAGGACAUAGUUUCAUCUGAGCAAUUUUCCAGAGCUCUUCUCGAUGUCCCUGAAGGCCAAGACAAAGCAACGGGCUCUCAUUGAGAUCAUCGCCAACGCUUCUGAAUUCGCCAACGUUCCUAUGCGUCAUCGUGAAGACGUCAUCCUGAAACAGCUGGCCGAACGUCUGCCUGGACAGCUCAAGAAUCAGAAGUUCACCGACCCGCAUGUCAAGGUUAAUGCGAAAAAAAAAAAAUGAGACUUUGGGAGCUCCAGAAGUUAGAAAAAUAGGAGAAACGAUGCUGAAUUAGGAGGAAAACGUCUUUUUGUGAUGCUUCUACACUAAAAAUAAAGGAACAUUGAUUUUUUCAGGUCAACCUUCUGGUCCACGCCCACUUGUCGAGAAUCAGGCUGACCGCCGAACUCAACCGCGACACGGAGCUGAUCGUUCUGAAGGCCAUUCGACUGGUCCAAGCUUGUGUCGACGUCUUGUCUAGGUGA